AUGACCAAUUCGCAGACUCCUCGUUUCGAGACCCUCCAGCUCCAUGCUGGCCAGGAACCCGACCCCACCACCAAUGCGCGCGCAGUGCCCAUCUACGCCACGACGUCCUACAACUUCAAUGACUCGGCCCACGGCGCCCGCCUCUUCGGCCUCAAGGAAUUCGGCAACAUCUACAGCCGCAUCAUGAACCCCACAGUCGACGUCUUUGAAAAGCGCAUCGCCGCCCUGGAGGGCGGCGUCGCCGCUGUGGCCGCCGCCUCGGGCCAGGCCGCCCAGUUCAUGGCCAUCUCGGCGCUCGCCCACGCCGGCGACAACAUCGUGUCCACCAGCAAUCUGUACGGCGGCACCUACAACCAGUUCAAGGUGCUCUUCCCGCGCCUCGGCAUCACCACCAAGUUCGUCCAGGGCGACGACCCGGCCGCCAUCGCCGCCGCCAUCGACGACCGCACCAAGGCCGUCUACGUCGAGACCAUCGGGAACCCGCGCUACAACGUGCCGGACUUCGAGGCCAUUGCUGCGGUUGCCCAUGCCAAGGGAGUUCCUCUCGUCCUAAGAAGCGAAAAAGGUAGACAACACCUUCGGCGCAGGCGGCUACUUCUGCCGCCCCAUCGAGCACGGCGCCGACAUCGUCGUGCACAGCGCCACCAAAAUGAUCGCGACACGGCACGACGAUUGGCGGGAGUGAUCGUGACAGCGGCAAGUUCGACUAGAGCAGCGCACGCGGCGCGGUUCCCGCAGUUCGUCGAGCCGUCUGAGAGCUACCACGGGCUGAAGUUCUGGGAGACGUUCGGGAGCAUUGCGUUUGCGAUCCGCGUGCGCGUCGAGAUCCUGCGCGACCUCGGCGCCGCGCUGAAUCCGUUCGCCGCCCAGCAGCUGCUCCUGGGCCUGGAGACGCUGAGUCUGCGCGCCGAGCGCCACGCCGCCAACGCCGUCGCCCUGGCGCGCUGGCUGCGCGCCAACGAGCAUGUCAGCUGGGUGUCGUAUCCUGGGUUGGAGGAUCAUCCCAGCCAUGCCACUGCCAAGCGGUAUCUGACGCGCGGGUUUGGCGGCGUGCUGUCGUUUGGGGUGAAGGGCGGUGCGGCGGCGGGGAGUCAGGUGGUCGAUGGGUUCAAGUUGAUUUCGAAUCUUGCCAAUGUCGGCGACUCCAAAACCCUCGCCAUCCACCCCUGGUCCACCACCCACGAGCAGCUCACCGACCAGGAAAAGCUGGAUUCUGGUGUGACCGAGGACGCCAUUCGCAUUUCCGUCGGCACGGAACAUAUCGACGAUAUCAUUGCCGACUUUGAGCAGUCGUUCAAGGCUUCCCGCGCCGCUGGCACCCAGUAG